AGUGUUUUUUAUAAAGUAAACGAUAUACAACAUACAAAAUACAAGCGAGCCGAACGAAUCGCGGUUUUCUGUCAAUUUUUCUUAUUAAUUUUUCGUGUUAUUCAGUAUUUUUUAAUUCAUCGAAUCACAUUUUGGAUGUUAAUUCAGUUUUUUUUUCUCUCGAAAAUUCCAUUGUGAAUUUUGGGCAGACAUUAGUUCAGUGCGACGACCUUUUCCCAUUUCGCCGAAAGAGACAAACGAAGGAAAGAAAAACCGUCGCGAAAUGUUUUGUUCUCGCCUUCGGUAAAUCGAUAAAUAUCUUAUGUGUGUGUUUUGUGUGUGAUUUGAAAGCCAAGUGUCAGUUGUUUUUAUUUUACCAUUGAUUUUUUUUUUUCGUUCCUAAAUCGUAAUUUGCCGAAACAUUGCUGACCAAUUCAAUUAAAAUCAAAUGUGAUUGAUAUUUUUCUAUCAAAUCACUUGAUGGGCUAGAAAUAUUGCUGACUAAACCAAUGGAAUGCCAUCAAAAUCAUAAUUGAAGUCACAGAUUGAUUAUUGUGUCACUUGACAUUAAAACAAACAAAAACGACCGAACAUAGAAGUGAAUGAAGAAAACAAAAUUACUUAUCGAUACAAAACAUAUAUAUAUACCGAUGGACAUACAUGUGUAUACUAUCAAUUGUACAGCUCUAAUGCGUUGUAAGCAAUAACAAAUCGAUGAGUGUUUUUUCCGGUUGUGCGUUUUUCAACUAGAAAUUCAUUUGUUUACAACCAAAGCGGCGAUACCAAGCGGCAUUCGUCGUGAACGGCUGCACGCUCUGUUUUCCACGGCACGGUGAGCUAGACAGAGAGUGAACAGUUUCAGUAAAUGUAUGAGUGAGUGAGUGCAAAUGCAAUUGAAUCGGUAUUGCACAGUGGUGCAAUUUGGCAAGUACGAGACACACGGAGCGAGCGAGAGAGAGAGAGAGUGAGUGAGUGCAUGUGAAUUAAGUGGCUGAAAUGUCGUUGACAUUUCUCAACAGCAAGGUCUCAUUUAUGUAGCAUUGUCGCUGUCGUCGUACAUUUUGCAAGCGUCUCUGUCAACAUACAAUUAAUUGAUUUUGCUCAUGUUUCCAUGUUUCACACUUAAAAUGCAUUUAUGAACGGCAAAUCGCUAGCAAUUUUUGUGCUAAAACGGUGUUAUUUCUAUGCAAACUAUUCUGAUUUGGGUGUUGUUGUGAAUUUUCGUCAUUUUGAUUGAGAUUUUAAUCUGAUCUGGUUCCGAGAACCUGAAGCGUUUGUUUAUCCGUUGUAAUUCAAUUCGAGAAAUUUGUAAUUCUUUUGAGAAAGGAAAAAAAAUCUAAAACCAAAAUCAUGUUGUUUUUUUCUGUUCAUUCAAUAAUAAUCAGUUGUGCUAAUGAAAAUUGAAGCAUUGCAUGUUUGCCGCUGUAAAAAAAAACCAUAUAAUUCGUGAUUGUGAUAAUCUUAUUUCUCAUCGACAUAAUCCACUCGGUCGACAAACACGAAAAGGACCAACAGAAAGCAGAAAAAAACCGAAUAACGUGUGUUACUCAGAGUAAGAGGAUCGACAUAAAAGCAUUGAGAUUAGAAGAUAGCAUCGAAAGUCGACGACGACAACAACCAUCGACCAUAUAAAACAUCUCCACACAUUCAGUGUAAUACGCAGCAGCAGCAGCAGCAACGAUAUAAAAAAAAGAGAGAAGCAGUCGGAAAGCGACAAAACCAAAAAUAUAUUAAUUAUCCGGCUGUGUGUCGUGAUUCAAUUAAUCACCGAAUGUCGGAUCCAGCAUCAUAGUGGUUUUUCACUUUUUUUAUGCUGCUCGCUUCGGCUUUUUUCGUGUAUGUGUAUAUGUUCACGGUUGCUGCACGAUUUUCGCAUUUGAUGGUGCGGCCGCUAAAAUUUGUUUUUUCUGUUGGCUUUCGUUUUGUGUGUGCAUCAAAUUAAACCGAAAACAGUCACAGAGAGCGAAUGAUCUGGCACUGAAAAGCAGCGGUUACCAUUUCAUUAGGUGUAGGUGUUGAAAAUUGAUAUCAAAAGGCUGCAUCAUAAACCACAGACUCCACCAUUCCGGCCUUUAAUUAUUCGGAAAGAGUGUCGAAUUGAUGUGUUCGUGCUUGGCUCACUCAUCCAAACGCAACAGCCAACUGAAUUUAUUACCGAGUGUAAAAUUCUUUGAGUGCAUUGAAAUCUUAUGAUUAAAAAAAAAACAGUGAAUUUUCUACCCACCGACGCAAAAAAAAGCAGAAGAUUCGUACAAAGUGUUGUCAAUAUAUCAAGCAUUUCUUGAUUACGAAUUCUGUUGUGGAAAAACCUAUUUAAAAUUCAAGUGAAAAGAACCGGCAUUAAACGGACCCCGUGUAAAUCAAGAGAUUUUUCGCAUUGCCAGACGGUAUUGUCUGCGAGCGUUGCUACACUACGAACAAAAAAAAAUCACGAAACGAAAUCAAUUCAUUCGUUCAAUCUUUUGUAUGUUGUCGCACAAUUGGAGUUGCAAUCAAACAAAUUGGGGGAUUUGGCAUCAAACCACAUAAAUCCACCUUUGUUAAGCAAAAGCUAAACAUUCCAACGAAUCCUUAAUAGCCAUUCAUUCAACAGGAAAAACAUUCCUGUUUGACGACGAGAGGAAAUUUAUGUACUGAAUAAUACUAAAGCGUCAACCGAAAUAUCUCUUGCUACAUUGCCACACGUCAUCCAAUUUGGAUUGGCAGAAGCACAACGCAUCGAGUCAGUGGUAUUUGUCGCAUAAUCACUUAAUCAGCAACACGAAUGAAUCUAACUGGAAUUAAAUAGAUACGGCGAAAAACACGGAUGCAAUACUGAUAAGGUGUAUUUCGAAAUAUAUACACACACGAAACAGAACAUAACGAAAUACGAACGAAGUUUAAUACCCCGCAAUAUUUAUUGCUAUUGAUUGACUCCAGCCGAUUCACAAAAACGUCCGAUUGAUCGCAAUCGCAAUUUAUUGCAACACAUACCAUCACUAUUGCGCCAGCACCAAAAAAACCCCAAAAAGAGGUGCCGAUGUCUUUCCAAUACAACCAUAUUUCGACCAACGGUUUAGCACGUUCGAAUUGUUGCUGAUUCGCAUCUGUGCUACUUCAGCUAAUAUUUCUGCGACAAACGCGCGCGACAAAAAUACACUGACAUAGCAAGAGAAAAGAAGAGAAAAAAGAAUAACAUAAAAAUACCAAAAACGAAAACAGAUUCCUAUCUGGACAAUUAAUAAGGAAUUUCGAGAAAAUAGCGAAAAUUACACGAAUCUAACGACCGACCGACAAAAAGAUAUAUAUACAGAAUUCAGACCUAAAAAACAGACAUCAACAACGUGAUGAUGGAGCUGCUAGCGGCGCAAAGAGCCGCAUUCUUUGCAGCCAGCAUCUUAUUUUGCUUUUUAAUUUGGAUACCCGAUAAUGUUCAAGCAAGCCAUGGAAAUUUUUCUGAAUUUCCAUAUAUACAGUAUCUAACACAUCCUCCGGAAAUAACGAAACGACCGAUUAAUCAAUCCGUUCGAGUGGGAGGCGUCGCCAGUUUUUUCUGUGCAGCCCGAGGUGAUCCAAUUCCGACGAUAGUAUGGCGUAAGAAUGGCAAAAAGGUAUCGGGAACACAAAGCCGAUAUUCGGUACAACAAAUGAACGGACAGUCUAUAUUGCGUAUUGAACCAGUACGAGCCGGCCGAGAUGAUGCGCCGUAUGAGUGCGUCGCUGAAAAUGGCGUAGGUGAUGCCGUUUCAGCCGAAGCUACACUCACCGUCUUCGAAGUCGAUAAAACGCCGAGUGGUUUUCCCGUAAUCACGCAGAGUCCACAGACGCGAGUCAUUGAAAUUGGCCACACCGCUGUCAUGCAAUGCCGUUCAACUGGGAAUCCAACGCCGAAAAUAUACUGGCUCAAGGAUGGCAAAAGUUUGGAAAUGAAUCAACGCUACACACUGAUUGAUGGAAGCCUACAGAUAGUGGAUAGUGUGCGUGAGGAUCAAGGAAAGUUCGAGUGUGUAUCGGAGAAUUCGGUGGGAACGGAACAUUCAAAGCCAACGCAGCUGUAUGUAAAGGAGCGCCGUGUACCGCCGACAUUUUCCCGUUUGCCCGAACCAAUAAAUGAGAUAAUGCUUGGAGCCAAUUUAAGUUUGGAAUGUGUUGCCGUUGGAUCGCCAAUGCCAUUCGUGCGUUGGAAGUCAGGCGCCGUUGAUUUAACGCCCGAAGAUCAAAUGCCAGUUGGAAAAAAUGUGCUUGAACUGACGAACAUCCAGCAGAGUAACAACUAUACAUGUAUCGCUGCAUCCACAUUGGGCACGAUCGAGGCGCAUGCAAUGGUCAAAGUUCAAUCUUUGCCAACCGCACCAACUGAUGUUAUCAUAUCUGAGGUAGCUGCCACAUCUGUACGACUUGAAUGGUCUUACAAAGGACCCGAAGAUUUACAGUAUUAUGUGAUCCAGUACAAACCGAAAAAUGCAAAUCAGGCAUUUAGCGAGAUUAGCGGCAUUAUAACAAUGUUUUAUGUGGUGCGUGCGCUCAGCCCAUACACGGAAUAUGAGUUUUAUGUGAUUGCUGUGAAUAAUAUCGGACGUGGACCGCCAUCCAUUCCAGCCACCACGACCACCGGUGAAACAGAUGAUUCGAUAAAUGGAGGUGCCAAAAUGGAAAGUGCACCAAGGAAUGUUCAAGUGCGACCAUUGAGUUCGUCCAUGAUGAUGAUAACUUGGGAACCACCAGAGACGCCCAAUGGACAAGUUACUGGCUACAAAGUCUAUUAUACAACGAAUCCAAAUCAGCCAGAAGCGUCUUGGGACUCGCAAAUGGUCGACAAUAGCGAAUUAACAACAAUAUCCGAAUUAACACCGCUCGCCAUUUACACAGUACGUGUACAGGCGUUCACAUCGAUGGGGGCCGGUCCAAUGUCGAAUCCAGUUAAAGUGAAAACCCAACAAGGUGUUCCGUCACAGCCAAGCAAUUUCCGUGCGACCGAUAUUGGAGAAACCGAUGUGGUGCUACAAUGGUCGAAACCAAUUCAUUCCAAUGAAAAUAUCGUUCAAUAUGAACUGUAUUGGAAUGAUACGUAUGCAAAUGAAGCGCAUCACAAACGCAUCGCAAAUACUGAAUCAUAUAAAUUGACGGGUUUGUAUCCGGACACACUGUACUAUAUAUGGUUGGCAGCUCGAUCGCAACGCGGCGAAGGUGCAACAACACCACCAAUUCCAGUUCGAACCAAACAAUACGUGCCGGGUGCACCGCCAACUAAUAUCAGCGCAGAAGCAACCAGCCCGACAACGAUAGCUGUAUCGUGGCAACCGCCACCAGCUGAACGAUCAAAUGGUAAAAUUGUUUACUUCAAAUUAUUCCUCGUGGAAAAUGGUCUGUCCGAUAGCGAGGCAUCGGUCACGACACUCAAUGUCACCGAAAUCAUUUUGGACGAAUUGAAACGAUGGACCGAUUAUAAGAUUUGGGUAUUAGCUGGCACACGUAUCGGUGAUGGACCACGAUCAUAUCCAAUCGUUGUACGAACACUUGAGGACGUGCCUGGUGAACCACAAGAUGUUCGAGUUAAUGCCAUUAAUUCGACAACGCUUCAUGUGAUUUGGAAACCACCGCAGGAAAAAGAUCGCAACGGCAUCAUUAUGGGCUAUCACAUUCACGUUCAGGAAACGAAAGAAGAGGGUCGCAAUUUCCUCAACGAACCUUUGAAAUUCGAUGUAACCGAUGCUCUGGAGUAUAAUGUGAGUGGUUUACAACCGGAUACCAAAUAUUCCGUCCAAGUGGCGGCAUUAACCCGAAAAGGUGAUGGUGAUCGUAGCCCGGCAAUAAUUGCAAAAACACCAGGCGGUGUACCCGUUCGUCCGGUGAUGAAUAUCAAAAUAUUGGAACGCGAUCCGACUGUCUCAAUUGAAUUGGAAUGGGAACGACCAAAUCAAACCUAUGGUGAAUUGCGUGGCUAUCGUUUGCGUUGGGGAAUAAAAGACGAGAAAUUCCACGAGGAAGUUUUGAACGGGCAGCACUCAACGGUGAAGAAAAUCAAGGAUUUGGAUCGUGGAGUGCAGUACGAGUUUCGUGUUGCUGGCAUGAAUCACAUUGGAAUUGGUCAAGAAACGGUGAAAUACUUGGAAACACCCGAAGGCGUACCAAAUGGAUCACCCGCCAAUAUUUCCGUUCGAUUCCAAACUCCGGACGUCUUGUGCAUCACUUGGGAUCCACCAACCAGAGAGCAUAGCAACGGUAAAAUUACGCGAUAUGACGUACAAUUCCAUAAGAAGAUCGAUCAUGGCCUAGGCACUGAACGCAAUACAACGAGUCGCAAAGCAGUUUUUACUAAUUUGGAAGAAAAUACCGAAUAUGUAUUCCGCAUUCGUGCUCACACAAAACAAGGCGCCGGACCAUUUAGCGAGAAGAGAAUCAUCGAAACCGAACGUGACAUGGGUCGUGCACCAAUGACUGUUCAAGCUGUGGCCACAUCGGAACAAACCGUUGAAGUUUGGUGGGAAGCAGUUCCAUCGCGAGGCAAGUUAUUGGGCUAUCAAAUCUUCUACACAAUGACCGCUAUCGAAGACUUGGAUGAAUGGCAAACAAAAACGGUUGGCGUCACAGAGUCCGCUGAUUUGGUGAAUCUUGAGAAAUUCGCCCAGUAUGCAAUUGCGAUUGCGGCUCGAUUCAAAAAUGGCCUGGGACGAUUGAGCGAGAAAAUUACGGUGAAAGUAAAACCAGAAGAUGUUCCAUUGAAUUUGCGCGCCUAUGAUGUAAGCACCCAUUCGAUGUCACUAAGUUGGUCGCCUCCGAUUCGAUUGAAUCCGAUUAGCUACAAGAUCAGUUUUGAUGCCGUUAAGGAAUUUGUCGACAGUCAAGGAAUAACACAAACGCAGAAUAUUCAACGCCGAGAAAUUAUGCUGAAACAUCACAUUCGAAGCCAUAUGAUUGGUGAACUGUCACCAUUCACAACGUAUAAUGUAAAUGUGAGUGCAAUUCCGAAUGAUAAUUCAUAUCGUCCACCAACGAAGAUAACAGUAACAACACAAAUGGCUGCACCACAACCAAUGGUCAAACCCGAUUUCUAUGGCGUUGUCAAUGGUGAGGAGAUUCAAGUGAUUUUACCACAAGCAUCGGAGGAAUAUGGCCCAAUUUCGCAUUAUUAUCUCGUUGUCGUGCCGGAGGAUAAGUCAAAUGCGCACAAGAAUCCAGAUCAAUUUUUGAACGAUGAAAUUUUGCCACAGCCUGGAAAAUCCGAUCGACCAAAUAACCCAUAUAUUGCAGCAAAAUUCCCACAACGAGGCAUCCCAUACACAUUCCAUUUGGGCUCAGGUGAAACUCAACACAAUUUCACCAAUAAAAAAUUGGAAAAAGAUAAACGCUACCGCAUUUUCGUUCGAGCUGUUGUUGACACACCACAAAAACAUUUGUACACAUCGAGUCCAUUCUCCGAAUUUUUGUCUCUUAAUAUGCGUGAGGCACCACCCGGCGAAGCACCGAAUCGUCCAAAUCCAAAUUUACCACAUGACAUUGAAGUAUCGGUGAAUAAGAAUAAGGAUGAACCGGAGAUGGUGUGGAUAAUUGGCCCAAUGUUGCUAGCGAUCGUUAUGUGUACAUGUUUAGUUGCAUUCUAUGUUAUGAAACGACGUCGUCAACCUUGCAAAGCACCCGAUCAAUCAGCAGUGACACGACCAUUGAUGGCAGCAGAUUUAGGAGCCGGACCAGCACCAACCGAUCCAGUUGAUAUGCGACGUCUUAACUUCCAAACACCGGGCAUGGUCAGCCAUCCACCUAUCACCAUUUCAGACUUUGCCAAUCACUUGGAACGCCUGAAAUCCAACGACAACUUGAAAUUCUCACAAGAGUACGAAAGCAUUGAACCCGGUCAACAGUUUAUGUGGGAUCAUUCGAAUAAUGAAUCUAAUAAACCGAAAAAUCGCUAUGCUAAUGUCACUGCAUAUGAUCACAGCAGAGUGAUUUUGCAGUCAAUGGAAGGCAAAGCCGGCUCGGAUUAUAUCAAUGCAAAUUAUUGUGAUGGUUAUCGCAAACACAAUGCAUACGUUGCUACACAAGGUCCGUUGCAAGACACUUGCGCUGAUUUUUGGCGCAUGUGCUGGGAAUUACGUACGAAUAUGAUCGUCAUGAUGACACGAUUGGAGGACCGUGCACGAAUCAAGUGCGAUCAAUACUGGCCGACACGUGGAUCUGAAACAUAUGAUCAAAUGACGGUUACAAUUACAGAAACACAGGAGCUGGCCACAUACUGCAUACGAACAUUCCAAAUUUCAAGGCAGGGCAGCAUUGAACGCCGUGAAAUUAAACAGUUGCAAUUUACGGCUUGGCCAGAUCAUGGGGUUCCCGAUCAUCCGGCACCAUUUUUACAAUUCCUACGCAGAUGUCGUUCGUUGUCAACACCAGACGCCGGUCCAAUUGUUGUGCAUUGUUCGGCUGGUGUCGGUCGAACUGGCUGUUACAUUGUGAUCGAUUCAAUGCUUGAACGCAUGAAGCACGAGAAAACGAUUGAUAUUUACGGUCAUGUCACGUGCUUGCGUGCGCAAAGAAACUAUAUGGUACAAACCGAAGACCAAUAUAUUUUCAUACAUGACGCAAUACUCGAAGCAAUCAUUUGUGGUAGCACUGAAGUUCCAGCACGUAAUUUACAUAAUCACAUACAGAAAUUGAUGCAAACCGAACCAGGGGAGAAUAUCACAGGCAUGGAAAUGGAAUUUAAGAAAUUGGCAAAUGUGAAGGCCGAUUCGAUGCGAUUUGUUGCGGCCAAUUUGCCGUGCAACAAGCACAAAAAUCGACUAGUUCAUAUUCUGCCGUACGAAUCGAGUCGAGUAUGUUUGGCGCCGAUUCGUGGUGUUGAAGGCAGUGAUUACAUCAAUGCCAGCUUCAUCGACGGAUACCGAUAUAGAAGCGCUUAUAUUGCUGCACAAGGGCCGCUUCAAGACACGGCCGAAGAUUUCUGGCGAAUGCUUUGGGAACACAAUUCAACCAUUGUUGUUAUGUUGACAAAACUCAAGGAAAUGGGAAGAGAAAAGUGCUUCCAGUAUUGGCCACACGAACGAAGCGUUCGAUAUCAAUAUUAUGUUGUUGAUCCAAUUGCCGAGUAUAAUAUGCCGCAAUACAAAUUAAGAGAAUUUAAGGUAACUGAUGCUAGAGAUGGUUCCUCUCGAACAAUACGUCAGUUUGUGUACUGCGAAUGGCCUGAACAAGGUGUGCCGAAAUCUGGUGAAGGAUUCAUCGAUUUCAUAGGUCAAGUGCAUAAGACAAAGGAGCAAUUCGGUCAAGAUGGGCCAAUCACCGUGCACUGUAGUGCGGGCGUAGGUAGAACUGGCGUGUUCAUAUCAUUGAGCAUUGUUUUGGAGCGUAUGCAGUAUGAGGGUGUUUUAGAUGUUUUCCAAACGGUUCGAAUUCUUCGAUCACAACGACCGGCUAUGGUGCAAACAGAGGAUCAAUAUCAGUUCUGUUACCGGGCCGCAUUGGAAUAUCUGGGAUCGUUCGAUCACUAUGCCAAUUGAUUUGUGUAAAUGUCCUAGGCCACACAAUUUCUAAACCGUUUUGCAAAACUAGAGCGAAGUGAAUGCCUCGAAUUUAAAAUUAAUUUUUACCCACUAAAAAAACCCAAAAUUCGACUACUACCUAGACUUUGCCAGCUAACAACAUUUAUACACUAUAUGAAGAAGCCAAGCAGUGUACACUCGUAUGUGUUGCACUCAACAAGAGAAACAAAAAAAAACACUUAUGGAAUUCUAUAUUCUAAGUUAGAUUUUAUUUGGACUAGCAAACGACUACUAAACUAAACUAUUAACUCUAAGACUCAACUAGAGACACAGAACAAUCACAUGAAUUUCAAGCAUGACGAUGGUGUUGAAUGCCAUCGACACGGAGCAAACUUUACGCUCCGUUUAUUUGAUAGCACUGUAAAAAAAAACAAACAAACAAAACCAUUAGUAAUUAUUAUUAAACUCAUUAGCCAUAUUAAAAUAAAACCGACUGUUUGUUGCUGAGGAAAUAAUUAAAGAAAAAAUUUAGUAUAAUAAACUUUAGUUGUAAGCCCAUUUCCAGUUCCAAUGGAUAUCAAUUUCCAGUUAUUGGACGUGGAUUCGAUCUAGGGGGAAAGAAUGACACAAAUUCAAAGAUAACAUGGAAAUAUUGCCAAUGCCUAACAAAACGUGCAAAUGCGUGCAAAUACAACAAACGAAUGCUAGAAGAUGUAUCACUCAGCAAGCACUGCUCACUACGAACGAGACGAAGCAACAUGAAGACAACAACAAUAACAUAGAGGAUCGCUAUGCAAAUGCUUGCAAAUGGACGUAAAUAUGGCAAAUACGUCAAGUCGUUCUUUCCCCCUAGGAUUCGAUAUUACUUGUGGUUAAUCUAAUAAAUGAAAUGAUGUGAGAGAUUUCAGAUUUAGGAGGAAUUAUACGUGUAAUAACAAUUAUGUCAAUUUUUUCGUUCGCCAAAAUGGCCACAAAUUUUUUGCAAUUAAACAAUUUUUGGAAUGAAUGAAGCCAGGAAAUUGAAUGACUGAGUCACACAUAAUUUUUUUACGCAAACAAAAACAAACACAAGACAAAAACACAGUUCCAUCAACCAAAAAAAGAUACAACACAAACACCUUUUGUUACAUUUCAGUUAAGCAAUAGUCUUCCAAAUGUUCAAAACUCCAAUACAAUAACUUUCAACUUCUGUUUCCAGUCACCGACUUAUUUUUUCUGUUGUUAUAUCAAUACCAAAAUGAACACAACAAUGCUUGUAGCGAAACUCAGACUUGAGAGUGGAUUAAGUGUUAGCAAAGAAUGGUCAUGUAAAAAUUAAAAAUGCAAAUUUGAAUAAGACUUAAAGAGAAACAUGUAUAAAAGAAAACACAACACUAGCAUCUCUAUCGAUAUUUUGCCCGUAGCUUAAGUAAAUUAGCUUUGAUGAGUGAAAUAAAUGUAUGGAACGCAGAAAAAGAAAUCUAAAUUAUAGACAUCGUCUGCCAAACGGACAGAGUCUCAUUGAACGUUUCAUAUUACCUUUGAAGGUCAAAAAUGGAAUCUUUUUCUUCAGAAUUUUUUUUCCCCGAUUGAAUUUGCUUCGUAUGAAAUCGGAACUUAAAACACACACACAAAAGAAAACAUCAUUUACCAAUCUAAGAAUUGCUAGUUUAAUUUAGACAUUUAAGUGGAUGAAUUCUGUAUUAUCUUCGUAAGCAAAACCCAAAUUGUUGAAAUCGUGAUUUAAGAAUAAUCGAAAAUGGAUGAAAUGAUUUACUUAUAAAAAACCCAGAAAAAAAAUUGAAAUCUAUAGAAAGUUGAAAACCAUGUGACAAAGUGUAUAUGUAUACAAUAGCAUAAUAGCGUGGAUCGCGCUCAAACGUUGGUUAACAUAGUCGAUUAUCGAUAUUUUUUCCUGCUUCGCUUCAACAAAAAAAUCGCAUGUUCUAAUUUUGGUUGUUGCUCAUUCUACCAAAAUUUCCCUCCUUUUCGGAACAACAUUUUCCCCCUGUACCAACAAUCGGAACUUUGCUAAUCAUUUUCAGAGUCAUUCUUCAUCUAAGAUUAAAUUUUGGAGAGAAAAAAAUUUCGUCAAAAACGGUCUCAACUCAAGUCCGCUAAAACAGCUUUUGCUGAACAAUUGUGCACCACAACAACAACAACAACAACAACAAAAAAAGUCGGUUGUAGAUUCAAAAAUGCUUUCCCGUGUUCAAUGUCAACAUUAAUUUCUCGCCAUAUCAAUUUUCAUCAAGUUUAUAUCAAAUCGAAAUUGCUGAAUUUAAAUCUAGAGAUUAGAGAGACAAAGACACACACAUAGAAUCGAAUGAGCAAUGUGACACACACCGUAGUCUUUUUUUAUAUAGUCAAUUUGUAAUUGUUCCAACAACAAUAACAGCAACCGCAACGGCAUACAAAUGAAGGGAAAGCAUGAAAUAAAACGAAAUAUUCUGAUGAUUCUUAACAUAUCAUCCAAAAGUGACUGCAAAUCUAAACUAACAAAAUAAAAUAUCGCCGUCAAUUUCUUCCUCAACUUCGGUGACGCAGUUGUGGAGUCACAAACGCACACACACACCACUUAUACAUUCAAACUAUAAGUUAACUUACUACUUGAUUUUGUUUUUCCCGCUCUACCGAAGCGGUUUACUACUUUUUAACAUUAAGAUCAAAUCGAAUCAUUUUCGUUUAGUUUAAAUAGAUUUUAGUUAGCACAGUAGUGUUUUAUUCAUUAAGAUCAGUCAGUUUUAAUUUGUACAGAAUGCGUGAUAAAUCAAAAAAGAAACGUUUUCUUAAAAUCUAAAUCUCGCCAUUAUCCACAUUGCCCUAAGUUUGUUUUUCUCUCGUCUUAGUCUAUUUUUAAUUUGUCUCGAACGUUAGAAUGUUCGCUCAUCUUUUUUCGCAUCAUCGACAAUAUUCAUAAAAAGGGAGAUAACAAACAAAGAGAAUGAACAACAAAAUGUCAAAUUAAACACUUAUUUGGAAUAUAUUAUGCAAAUCUCACAAUUUUGCCACACAACAGCAAAUCUUCAACCAAUUUACAGUUCCAAUCGAAGAAAUUGUAUAAAAAUAAAGAGAAACAAACAUAAACGAUCAACUACUGUCAUUAUGUAUAAGUGAAAGAUGAUUAAGAAAACAACAAACAAAACCGAUUGUAUGAUACAUUGAAAUAAAUAAACAGAUCAAUAAGAAAA